AUGUGCGAGCGCGGCGAUAAGCAGAGUCUAAGCAGAGUCCGCGAGGGCGAUUCGGAGAUGCUUGCUAUUGUUCUACAUCUCGAUCACGUGAGAACCAUCGAGGAGGGGGAAGUGAUGCAAUUCAAUCGGACACAGUACAUCCCAAGGAGGUUGACCGGUGAACAUGACAGGACGCACCUGGACUUAAUGUCCUACAAGCGUUUGGCACAGCUCGGGCAAGGCGGAGCUGCGUGUUGCACUCCAGAGCGAUUGUCCACUUGGUCGCUACCUGCACCGCUCGAGCAAGAACUGAAUGGUCAGCAUUUGCGGAGAGGCCGCGAUACGAAGGUGUACGCAGCACGAUGGAUACGCCUGGGAUACUCGGAGCACACAACAAGUCACAUUGCUUCAGAUCAGCGCACCGAUAGCCUCGUAUCACCCGAGAUCCAGAGACAGAUAUACUUCACCGUGGGGGAUGACACGGAGCGAGCUAUUGUCUGUUGA